AGGGUAGAGGCUUUGCUAAUAACAAGUAACAGGGAAUAUCCGUGCUGGGCUGUGACUAACAAGUAAGGAUUGCCCUUUGUAAAGUGAUGGGAUGCACCAGCAGGGCUGAGUGUAGCCUACUUUGGAGAACAUGGUUACGCUGUAGGGUAGCAUUGAUGGUAACUAGAUGCUUGCUUUCCCUCAGCUGUUCCUAGCGUGGGCUCAUGGCAGGCCCCUGGCUGCGGGGAUGGGUCCUAAUGGCUGGGACAGACCUCAGCAGCACCUCUUCCAAUGGACUGAAGGCCCUGUUAGCUGAGCUGCCUGCUGAAUUGUUGCUGAGCAAAGCUCAUACAGCGGCAAGGACAACUCAUCUCUCACCCCAGCCCAGCAGCGUGUGGAGGCUGAGGGUGCCCUGGAAGCUGGGAGGGGACACAGUUGGAACAGGGGACCCUGGGAGUGUUCCAUGCCGGGUGAUGUCAUGCUGAGCAGUGAAGCUGGGGCCGUUGCCUGGGCGACGGCCUGCUGCUUGGAGACUGGCUGGGCAUUGCAGAGCGUGUUGUCAUGGAUGAUGACGACGAUGAAUCCUGUCUCCUUGAUCUUAUUGGGGACCCACAGGCACUGAAUUACUUCCUCCAUGGGCCUAGCAGUAAAUCUAGCAAUGAAGACUUGACUAAUACAGAAUAUUCUGUAGCCAACUCAAAUUCCAUUUUUGCCAACUCCAAUAACACCGAUCCUAAGUCGUCUGUGAAAAGUGUAAGCAGUCAGCUUGGAGAGGGGCCUAGUGAUGGACUGCAGCUGUCCAGUAGCCUUCAGUUUCUUGAAGAUGAACUUGUAUCUUCUCCUUUACCUGAUCUUACUGAGGAUCAGCCUUUUGAUAUUCUUCAGAAGUCCUUGCAGGAGGCCAAUAUUACUGAACAGACUUUGGCAGAAGAGGCAUAUUUAGAUGCCAGUGUAGGUUCCAGCCAACAGUUUGCACAAGCUCAGCUUCAUUCUUCUUCAUCAGCAUCCUUUACUCAGGCUUCUAAUGUUUCUAAUUACUCAGGUCAGACGUUGCAACCUAUAGGAGUUACUCAAGUGGUACAGCAACCUGUUGGAGCAUCUUUUGCAAGCAAUACAGUUGGUGUGCAACAUGGCUUUAUGCAACAUGUUGGAAUUAGUGUUCCCAGCCAGCAUUUGUCUAAUAGCAGCCAGAUCAGUGGGUCUGGGCAGAUCCAGCUAAUUGGUUCAUUCAGUAAUCAGCCUUCCAUGAUGACCAUUAAUAACCUUGAUGGAUCUCAGAUCAUACUGAAAGGCAAUGGUCAACAAACACCUGCAAACAUGAGUAGUGGCCUCUUGGUUCAUAGACAAACCCCAAAUGGUAAUUCGCUGUUUGGUAACUCGAAUUCAAGUCCAGUAGCACAACCUGUAACUGUUCCGUUUAACAGCACAAAUUUUCAGACAUCGUUGCCUGUCCAUAAUAUCAUCAUUCAGAGGGGUUUGGCACCAAACUCUAACAAAAUACCUGUUAAUAUCCAACCAAAGCCUGUCCAAAUGGGUCAGCAGACUGCUUACAAUGUGAAUAACCUGGGAAUACAGCAGCAUCACAUACAGCAAGGGAUUCCAUUUGCUUCUGCAAAUUCACCUCAGAGCUCAGUAGUUGGUCCUCAUAUGUCCGUUAAUAUCGUUAACCAUCAGAACACAAGGAAAUCAGUUACACCUCAGGCAGUCAACAAUGCUGGAGGUAGUAUUGUUAUCCAUUCUCCUAUGGGACAGCCUCAUGCACCUCAGAACCAGUUUCUCAUACCUACAAAUUUGUCUGUUAAUUCUAAUUCAGUUCAUCACGUCCAGGCCAUAAAUGGACAGCUUCUUCAGACUCAGCCUUCCCAGCUGGUUCCUAGCCAAGUGUCUGCUGAGCAUGUGAUGCUCAACAGGAACUCUACAAACAUGCUAAGAGCCAACCAGUCGUAUUCAGGGCAGAUACUGAAUAAUCACAACACGGCUGUUCAGCUUGUUUCCGGCCAGACGUUCACAGCUCCUGGAAACCAAGUCAUAGUCAACCACGGAACCUCGCAGAUUGUGGGUGGACAGGUACCCUUGCAGCAGGUGUCACCAACCGUGUUGCAUUUGUCACCCAGUCAAGCUAAUGUUUCUCAAGGUAGAUCGAGUUUUACCACGAUGUCCCCCGGGCAGUCUGCAGUCUCCAGCAUGUCAGCUUCGAACCGAUUUGCUGUUGCAAGUUCUUCUGGGUCAGUACAUCCUAGCCUGGGAGCAUCCGUUCAGUCUGUCGCAUCGGGAGGAAACUUCACUGGAGAUCAGCUCACACAGAGCAGAACUCAAGUUCCCAUCAGUGCAUCGCAUCGUCUUCCAGCAUCCUCUUCCAAAUCUGGCAGCACCUUCAGUCACACGUCGGUGGGAGUAACACAACAGCAGUUUGCUUUCGGUCAGAAGAAAUCUCUGAACCACACGUCAUCAGUUUCUGCAUCGAAGGCGCAAGAUAAUUUGAGACAGCCUCAGCUAACAAGUCUCCUGAGCAACACACUAUCAGGACAGGACUCCGGAGCAAAAAUCGUGCAGCAGCCUCUAGGAACAGCACAGCCACAAGAAAAAGGAAUAGGAUCAUCAUCAGUUCAACAGAGCAUACAGGUGGACGGCCAUUUGGUUGGACAGAAAAGGCCUGCUGCUAAGCAGUUAACUAAAGGAGCUUUUAUCCUCCAGCAGUUGCAGAAGGAUCAGAUGCAUGCUGUGACACCAGAUAAAAGCCAGUUCAGGUCAUUAAACGAUGCAGUUCAGAGACUCCUUUCAUACCAUGUGUUCCAGGGAUCGCUGCCAACAGAGGAAGAUUUGAGAAAAGUGGACAGUGAAUUUGAAACCGUAGCUACACAGCUUCUGAAGAGGACACAGGCUAUGCUGAACAAAUACAGGCGUUUGCUGAUAGAAGAUGCGAUGCGGAUAAAUCCCUCUGCAGAAAUGGUUAUGAUUGACAGGAUGUUUAACCAGGAAGAAAGGGCAUCUCUGACCCGGGAUAAGCGUCUUGCACUUGUGGAUCCUGAUGGUUACCAGGCUGAUUUUUGUUGUUCCGCCAAACAAUUUGAUAAAGCAGCUGAAGAAGCACAGUCCAGUAAAAGUGACCAUCAGCCUAGCAAAACAUUAACUUCUCGAAGUCAGACUACCAAAACCCAAGCCAGAGAGCGACCAAAAUCCAGCUCAGCAGAGUCCACAAAUCACAGUAAACUUCCUCUAGUGCCUAACAGUGUUGUGACACCACAAGAAGGAGUAGCUUCUACUAAGAAAUCGGAGAGCCUCGCUAAAGCUUUAAAGUUUGAGAAAGCGAAUUGUUCUUCUGAGAGCCAGUACGUGGCCCUCUCUGAGGAGAAGCUGGCCGGGAAGGAUCUUGCCAAGUCCACUGAGAAUUCUUUGAGUUCUGAAGACUUGUCCAAAACCGUGUCCCGAGCCGGUCCUGGAACACACAACAAAGUAACAAGGAACACAGUUCAGUCUUUCUCAAAGGUAACGUGUAAUAAUUCCCUCCAAGACAAAACUCUGAGGAGCUCUCCAAAGAAUGAGCUUUUACAUCCUGAUAACAGGAAAGGCUCUGGUGAACCCCAGCGAGACUUACUGCUCAGUAAGAGUUUAGAAACUACAUUUAAAAACAUCUUGGAACUUAAAAGAGGUGGGAGACAGCCACAGAACGAGGCGACAAGUAGUGGCUCAGUUGAAUUAGAAUUCCCCAGUUUUUCACCUAUUGCUUCACAGGAAAACUGCCUGGAAAAAUUUAUUCCAGACCACAGUGAAGGUGUUGUAGAAACUGACUCUAUUUUAGAAGCCGCUGUAAAUAGUAUCUUAGAGUGUUAGUAGUUCCAGUACCAUGGACAAGUGAUGUUUCUCUUAGCAGAAGCAAAUGUGAAUGACACCACAAGUACAGCCUGACGUGCAUUUAAGGUUAACCUUUCUAAACUAGAUUCUGUUUGGUGUUUGAGAGCAAUACUCAUUGUGGUUACAGUGAGAGAUCCAAGUCAAGUUAAUCCUUGGUAGAAUGCAGUCUGUUAGGGCCUUACUAUUUCAAGUAUUAUUAUGCUAGUGCUUUUGGUAAUCGUGCAGUACUGCAACAUCAGAAGGUUGCAGGUCGUUCGGCCCUAUGUACCAUGGUAGUAUACUGACAAUCACAGUCAUUUGAAAGGAUGUAUUUAUUAAGGAAGUGUUUUUAAAAGGUGAUGGAAGCAACAGUUCUCCCCUGCCCUUCUCUUCCACAUGUCAUCCAGUUUUUAGUUGUUCUGGGAAGCCCACUGUACCUCUCUUCAGAAGAUUUGCUUUGUUGGUGAAUCUGCGUUAAAGGAUUCUUCAGCCGGAAGGGUAUCAUCAGUGUGUUUACAAGGCUUCAGAAGUUAAAGUGCUUUUCUAUUGCUUUCUGAGCAGAAACUAGUACUUGGUAUAUUUGUGGUAGGUAACUUUAGUCUGUGGGAUGGUAUUAUAUGAUCUUAGUCACAGUGGCAUGAUAUGAAGUAAUAAAUGCUCGACUAAGGAAGGUAGAAUGGAAGCCAGGCAAUGGCGAAGUGUACAGGAUGAGGCCAUGCUAGAGCCAUGAAUUUAUAUAUAUAAUACAUAUAUAUGUUAACUCUUGGGGAAAAGAUUUUGCAUUUUAUAAUUGGAUGUAGUCAGCCUCGAGUCUUUCUGAAGUGGUAUAACUGUUCUUUUUUUAUUUGUUGUUUUUUUUUGUUUUAGACCAAGUGUCAAAAGCACUUUUCUUUGAGAACUGUUCUGGUAUUUGUAGCUUCUGUUUGAAGAGGACAUUAGCCUUACUCUGAUUCAAUUUGAAGGCCAGUGUUUUAUUUUUCUGCUUCUUUUUUUUUGCUGUCAGAGAAUGUUAAACCAUCCACCGUAGCAGUCAUCAUGAUCAAGAGCUGUACAGACCAAAGUCCAUCAGCAAUCCCAGUGUUGAAACAUAUCGCCGAGUGUGUAAUGAUUCACUCAGAUUCAUAGAGCCAAGGGAGACCAUUGCGUGGUUUGGAUUUGGCUUGCUGUCAUGUUGUUAAGAUAGAAUCUUACUAUUUUAUUUAUUUAUUUUAAUCUAUGACUUUUUUUGCUGCCCGUGCUGCUUUUUCCUCGUUUACUUUGGUCACGAGCGCUUUUGCGCACUGACGCUCGUCACGUGCGUGUCAUACGUGUGUCUGCUCAGGAGGAUCUAGCUUUUGUGGUUUCUAAGGUAUGCUCACGUUCUCCCCCCCGGACCGCCUCCACAGUUUCCUGGAAGAAUUACCAGCCAUUUGCCAGACUUGCUGAUCACAACUUUCCUGUUAGCGAGGCUCAUUGACAAGCUGGGGUUGUCAGUCAGAUUGCCAGGAAAGAAA